CCAGCCUCGCGGCUCCUGCCUGCACCCCCCCUCCCUCCCUCCACACAAACCCCGCGUUGAAAGGAUAACUUUAAAGGAAAUUCAGCUCCAGCGACGGAACUUCUCCACACUUAUAACAGAGUAACGUCGGCUGUCGUUGUGGAGGGAGAGAUCCAGCGAGGAUAAAGUUGCAAGAACUUUUUUUACGCCAGGAAAGGACUCUGAUGUGCUGCAGUAGUUUGGCUGUUGGUAGUCGGGCUUGAUUACAUUUAGUUUACGCUUUUUUUUUGUUGUUGUUGUUGUUGUUGUUGUUGUCCCAGAGGAGUCUGGUGAGAUCUGAAGAGGCGUCUGGAAAAGUUGGCUGAUCAGUCGAUGCUUUAUCAUUCUUUUUAAAAAAAAAAAAAAAAAAAAAAAAAAAAGAAAAGAAAAGUAAAGCCGAGUUAAACCAGUCAACAGGAUUGUCGAACUUUCUGCAUCGCGGCUGGAUUACCUGAUUGCUGCCAACAGAUUGCCACUCAUCGGCAAUAAUAUCUUUUUUUUGAAGUUGCAUUGACUUCGUUUGAGAUUUCAAAGUAAGAGCUCAGGUAGUUUGCGGUGUGGUGUCGCUGUAUUGUACACACGCACGCGGCUGAAACUGGCCACCAAGUGUGCGGCUGAUAAGAGCGCCGAUUAAAGACAAGUUCGGCCCUAACAGACACUUUGUUUUUUUAAAGUUAGUAUAAAACAGAGCGACCUUGAUGCUCCUCGGGCUGUCACAUCCUGUGCAGAUGAUCGAGCACUCAGCCAUCAGAGUUUAUUGUUUCUGUUGAGGUCUACGAGGCUCCAUCCUUUGCGCUCACACAGCCGGACUCCUGAGACCACCAGCGUCUGGAGGAAAAUACAUUCAAAAAAAAAAAAACACACAAAGAAACUGGUUUUUCUCCUCCAAAGAGUCCAGCUCUUCUAAAACAACCCGGUCAGGUGGCACUGACCCAAACUGUUGUGAUGCAUAUUCCCGUAGAGCCGCCCACCACCAGACGGUUCACGCCGCCCUCCACGUCCUUCCCCUGUAAGCUUGGAGACGGCAACGGGGCCAUGGCCACCCCGGGGCCCCUCAGGUCAAGAUCGGACUCCAGGAACGUGGUGGACGUCCUGGCGGACCACGCAGGCGAGCUGGUCAGGACCGACAGCCCCAACUUCCUCUGCUCUGUCCUCCCGUCCCACUGGAGGUGCAACAAGACGCUCCCCGUGGCGUUCAAGGUCGUGGCUCUGGGGGACGUGCCCGACGGGACUCUGGUCACCGUGAUGGCCGGGAACGACGAGAACUACUCGGCCGAGCUGAGGAACGCCUCCGCCGUGAUGAAGAACCAGGUGGCCCGCUUUAACGACCUGCGCUUUGUGGGCAGGAGCGGACGAGGAAAGAGCUUCACUCUGACCAUCACCGUGUUCACCGGACCGCCACAAGUGGCCACUUACCACCGCGCCAUCAAAGUCACCGUGGAUGGACCCCGAGAACCGCGCAGGCACAGGGUGAAGAUAGAAGACCCCCAGAAGAUGCAGUUCUCGGACAGGCUGUCAGAGAUCGAGCGCUACCAGCGGUCUAUGCGGAUAGGCCCAGUGAACAAUAAUCCCCGCCCCAUCCACCAAACCCACCUAAGCACCACACAAGCCCUGUGGCAGGAGCAAAUGGACACCCCCGCUCUGAAGACAUGCAAGGUGGAGGAGGACCUGAGACCAUGGCCAGGGACUACAGACAUCUUCAACCAGAGGACCACCUUCCCGUCUCUGUCGCCGCUGACUGACCCUCGCUUCUCAGACCCCCGCAUGCACUACCCGGGGGCCUUCCCCUACUCCUCCAACACCUCCAGCAGCGGCAUCAGCGGCCUCAGCAUGUCGGCCUCUUCUAGAUACCACACCUAUCUGCCGCCACCCUACUCAAACAACCAAAGCCAGAACUUCCAGUCCAACUCCUACCUGUACUAUGGCACGGGCUCUGGAUCCUACCAGUUCUCCAUGGUGGCGCCGGGGAACACCGGGGGCGAGCGCUCCCCCCGCCUGCUGUCCUGCUCGGGGGCCACGGGCGCCGGCGGGACCAACAGCCUGAUGAACCCGGGCCUGAACAACCAGAGCGAGGGCGUUGAGGCCGACGGCAGCCACAGCAACUCCCCCACCGCCAUGAGCGCCUCGGGCCGCCUGGAUGAGUCCGUCUGGAGGCCUUACUGACUGACGGACGGCUAGACAAUCUGAGGGGGCAGAAGAGGUGAGGGAGGAAAAAGUAAAGAGGAUGAGGAACAAAAAAAACAUGAACACUGAAAGCCAAAAAAAGAAGCAAAAAAAAUAUAUAGAAAUGCUGCAUGUUUGUCUUUUUAUUUCUCCAGCACUCGCUUUAAAGACUUUCUCUGUUUUACCAACUCGCUCAAGACUUCCAUGUAUUUUGUACAUUUUGAGAAAACUCCUGCACUGUGCUAAAACAUGUACUCUUAAAAUAAAUAAAAAAAAGGACUAUAAAAGCCAUAGAAGUUGAGAAGAUGUUCAGCUGAAAACUGUAAAUAGAUGUGCGGGUAAAACCAGAGAAGCCAUAGACAUGUUUCAGGAUCAUUUGUCUGAGGUAAACAGGUACUCAGUAAAAGACAAAAGAACAAAAGACGAUGGCGGUAUGAUCAAUCAGUACAGCUGAUGACCUGGAAAACCACAGCAGACUUUCAUCAAACAGACUGUUCGGACUGAUCUAACUCGAAGUGUGAUCUGAGGUCUGCUACCCCGAGUGACUCCGACAUGCUUCGAGGGCUCGGCUGCUCUGCUGUAGCACUCGGCCCUUUUUAAGCUUUAAUUUCUUUAAGAGUUGAAUAUUGUGUCAGUUGUGAAAACAAUCCUCAGUUGCAUCCAGGGCAUGUUUCGUGUGCUCACGGCACGUAUGCAGGUACCUUCAUUGCCUAAUUUAUUAUCCAAAUGGACACAUUAGCCUUUGGUGCUACGGUGUGCAGUGGAUGUUUCAACGAGAUAGCCGCAUCUUUAAGAGAAGAGCAUUUUGAUGUGUCAGGACUCACAUGUUUAAGAACUAAUGAAUUCUCCUCUGCGGUGUCAUCAGUGUGUCGAGUUUCAACAGGACAAUGGCUGAAAUUUUGAGGAAUGUAAAAGGCUAACACAGAGGGGUAUUUAUUGGUUUCUUUUUUUUUUCUAGAGGAAAAGUUCAGCCCUGUUGUGUCUACUCUUUUACUUUUUCCUUACAUUUCUGAUCCAAGCCCUUUUCUGAAAAAAAAAAAAUAAGGUUCUAGUCUGGUAUUUGUGGACUGGAUGACACGGUUUACUUUUGAUAUUUAUUUGAGCCAAAUUAUGAGGAAAUGUGCGCAUAUACCCAAUAUCCUUAAGCAUUUCUCUCUACCUUUCCUUUUUUUUAUAAAUAUAUAUAUACAGUACAUAUGCCUUAUUUUGUUGUUAAGUAUAAAUUUGGAAUUUGUGUAAUAUAUUGCUACUAAAUUAUAAAAAAAAAAAACCUUUAAUGUAAUUAUUUUGUCUUCCAAUGUAGCUUUGAUGCACUAAAAACCUUUAUUCCUUAUGAACCACGCCCAACAGAUUCUGUUAGUGAGAUGGUGUAUCUAGAGCCGUAAUCCUUUAAACAAUUUCCUAAUUGCCUUCCUGCGCUAAAUAAGCAAUUCGCUUAAUUUUUUGCACUAUGUUUGAAUUUUCAUUUCUCUUUUUUUUUUUUUUUUGGUUAUGUAUUUACAAAUAUCUGAAACUCUGCCGAACUAAAAUAUUCCUUCACUUGAUCCGCUGAUCACCCUUUAAGUGUCCUUUAAACAAAUCCUUCGCCAAGUAAUUAAUGAUGUCACGAUUAGACACACACACACACACACACACACAUUCCUGCACCACAGGUGUGUGUGCACAUUCCCCCCAGUCCGGAGGGCCUUUCCCCUGCAGUUACACAUGUGAUCCCUCUAUCCCUGGAGGAGGGAGAGUGUGAGGAUGAAGGGAUAGGAGAGGUGGGGUCAGAGUGGUAUCUUCUUACCAGCUCCAAGGGCAGUUAUGCAAAAAAAAAGAAAAACGUCCCUUGUUGUGCACGGGUCCCUUUGUUCUGUAAAGUCAGCGAGCGCUUUGAAGCCUUUAUGGCCCCCAUUCUCUCUUUUCUGGUCUAAUUUACUGAUCAGCGGUGCCAGGGGCUCAUGGCUCUGCCAAUAAUUCAUACGCCUGCACGGAUCUUUUGGUUAAGAGCUGAUGUGAAGGCAUUUAUUAUCAGGUGUCUAAUAUCUACUAGAAAAAGUCUUCCACAAGGGGAAAGCAUCCAUGACUCGGAAAGAGUAAGUUGCUACAAAAGUGAGAUUUAAUUUCUAAGUGAAUAGUGAUCCAAAGAGGCUUGUAUUUGCAGCUCAGGUAAAAAAGAAAAAAGUGUUUUGUAGAUUCUCACAUAAAGACCCUCGGCCUUAUUCCUCUUUAUUUUUAAACCAUCAGUAACAUCGUCUCAUUCCUAUCUCCCUUUGAUUUAGAGUACCAGAAUGUUUCCCUGCUCCCUCCUCCUGGGGUCUUUAUACAGUAGGGGGAAUGUCUUUAUUAUGGGCAAAGAAAAUCAUGCAGCUAGAGAAACCACAUGUGUACCUUGUAAUACUUGUGUGGUUCCUUAAAAACAAAACCAAAAACACAAAUAUCUUCACAACUGCCUGUAAUACUGUCAGGAUGAUGGGAAAGAGGUGUGGCAAAACGGCGUCUUGAUUGAUCUCCAAUAUCUUUCUUUAUGCAAAACUAGGACGCCAAAAUGUACAAGUGAGGUGUAUUUCAUUGUUAUUGGAUUAAAGAGCACAAUGUAAUGUUUUUCUCCAUUGUUUUCUUUUUUCUAGAUGCCCCCCUUUUCCUCUUUCAUAUACCAACAUGUUAAUUCAUCUCCUUUCAUUUCUUUUUAAGCUCAAAGCAUGUACAUCUGAAACUGAUAUGUUAAUUUAAGAAUCUCAUCUAUGUAUGUAAUGGCAUCGUUUAUGCUUCCAUAUUGAGUGCUUGUAAAGUUUGCGGAUAAUGUAGUUUUUAAUCAUUUUAAUUAAAAAAAAA